CGAAUAUUCGCAAAAGUGUGCGUGGAGUAAGAGGGAAAAUCUGUGCACAUGAUGUACAGGAUAAUGGUACGCAACUAUAGUCUUUCGGUCUCUGACAUAACGAAUACCAGUGAAAUUUAUGCGCAAUAUAAUUUUAUGUACUAGGUAUUAUAUACCUUAUAUAGGUAGUCAGGUGUUGCAAAUCGUUACGUCUACAUUGAUAAGUUUCGUCAGUAUACAUUGGGGUUUUGUUAGGGAGGGUCGUGAAAAUGACCGGAGUGGAUGAAAUUCUAAAUUACCAAAGAAGCCUCGAUGAUGAUUUCUAUGGAUUGCUCGGAUGUGAUGAAAAUUCAUCAAUUGAACAAAUAACUGCUGAAUAUAAGGUGUUGGCUUUGCAAUACCAUCCUGACAAGAAUGAUGGUGACAAAGAGGCAGAGAUAAAGUUUCAAAAACUAAAAGAAGCCAAAGAAACACUUUGUGAUCCAUCUAAGCGUGCUCUGUAUGACAAAUGGAGGCAGAGUGGCAUUUCAAUGGGCUAUAAGCAAUGGCUUGGUAUGAAGGACCACAUUCAGCAGUCCAUGCAUUGGUCCAAGCCCAAUACAAAGGACCGCAUGCUGGAGGAUGAAUCAGGACGCUCUUCUGGCCCUUCCAGCUUGGGACCCAGCAAUGCAGCGGCUCGUCGGGCUUCUGAGGGUGGCGCUGCUCUCUGGGGACGUUGGGGUGGUGGCAAUCAAGAGCCUCCAUCCGAAGUCAUCUCAAAGUUCCGUAACUAUGAGAUUUAAAUCUCUGGUUAUGGCAUUUACUCCUGUUUUACUUUAAUUUAUUAGAUAUGUUUAUUAUUUUUUUAAAUAUCAAGAGGUUAUUGUGUCCAGGUCUCUUGACUUUAUGUUGCAUUGUUGUUUUUUUAUAUAUAUUUUUUGACCCUAUGAGAGUUUUGGAAUUCUUGCCUUUUUAAAUAAAUAAAAAUUAUUUAGCAUAGAUUUUAGAAUAAAUUAGCCUUUAUGGGCACAAUAUUCAUCAAGUCAGCUCAUGGAACAGGUUUGCUCGAAUGUUACUCGGUAUCUUAAUGUUCGAUGUUUAAUGUUCAAAAAUUUUCAGUGUACAUCGGUGUUAGUAACCUCUCAUUAGUGAGGUAAUCUUAGUGUUAAACACUUCUGUAGUCUGUCCUUAGCUUUAAGCUAUGCACAUUCCUAAAACUUAUGAGUCUGAUUAUAACAUUUCUGCUGUAAUAUGAUGUGUAAAGUUUCUAAGAAUCUCUAUUAUAUUUUGAAGAGUUAUAUUUUCGAUCCUCUUAAGGAAUAUAUUUAUUUUACUAUAUGUAAGUAUUACAUUACCCACUGUUUGGAUGACGGAGAAUAUACUGGAAAUGUGACUUAAGUGGUAACAGGGUAUUGUUGACAGAAAGGAAAGGUUUUGUUUCCAUAUUAUUUGUGACCUUAACAAAUGUACAACUAACAUAUUAUGGUCAUUGAUUAUUUAUUCUACAUGAACAACUAUUGAUGUUUCCCUGAUUGUUAGAUAUAGUUAAAGAUUGAUAUGUGUUAGAUGUUUUUAUCAGUAUUUACUCUUUAUUGAAUGUUUCUUAAAUAUUUUAAAAUUUUAUUCAUAGAUAAGUAGAUUUUAAAAUCAAAUGUUUUAUCUGAAUGUCUAUAGGAAUCUCUUUAAAGAAUAUUGUAAUAAUUUUUAUUUUUGAUGUAAUAUCUAAAUGGAACAAUAAAUUUUACCAAAAUGAA